UUGAAGCAGCAAGCAAAGCCGCGCUAUAAAAGCCAGAUUUGUUCUUCAAUUUUGCGGUGUUCCUCCAUCUGUCGGACUGGUCGCCUGAUUUCAGUGCUAGUGCCACACUCUGAUUAUUCAUCGUGACGUCACUGUGUGCUGUGUGGACUGUCUUUUCGAGGUCAAAGGUUAAUUUGAGAAAAACAAUCGUAUGCAACUCAGCAGUAGGGCGAGUGUUGAAGCAAGUUGUUCCUGCAACGAUGGCGGCUCGAUCAUCAUCUGCCUGGACCGGCAACGAGGCUCUAAUUGACGAUGACCCUGAAAUGUACAAGUUGGUGAACGAAGAAAAACGCCGGCAGCUAACCGGACUGGAGCUGAUUGCUUCGGAGAAUUUCUGCAGCAGGGCAGCGCUUGAGGUUCUCGGCUCCUGUCUGAACAACAAAUACUCUGAAGGAUAUCCUGGCCAAAGAUACUAUGGCGGCACUGAGGUCAUCGACAAGAUUGAACUUCUGUGCCAGAAACGCGCCCUCGAUGCCUUCAACCUCGACCCCGCCAAGUGGGGUGUCAACGUUCAACCCUAUUCUGGGUCGCCCGCCAACUUUGCUGCCUACACGGCGGUGCUCAAACCCCACGACCGAAUCAUGGGUCUCGAUCUUCCAGACGGCGGACACUUGACUCACGGUUUCAUGACUGCCGACAAGCGGGUGUCAGCCACGUCUGUCUACUUUGAGUCCAUGCCUUACAAACUGGACCCUGCCACUGGCUUGAUUGACUAUCCAGCCCUGCGAAAACUGGCUCUCGUGUUCCGCCCCAAGGUCAUCAUCGCUGGCACCUCUGCUUACUCCAGAUUGAUCGACUAUAAGGCAUUCAGAGAGAUUUGUGACGAGGUCCAGGCGUACCUUCUGAGCGAUAUGGCUCACAUCUCCGGGCUCGUUGCAGCUGGCGUCAUUCCGUCUCCGUUUGAGUAUUCGGAUAUCGUCACAACGACCACUCAUAAGACCCUGCGUGGCGCAAGAUCUGGUAUGAUAUUCUUCCGCCGAGGCGAGCGAGGCGUCGACAAGGCUGGAAAGCCAAUCCUGUACGACCUGGAAACUCGCAUCAACUCUGCCGUGUUUCCAUCCCUGCAGGGUGGUCCUCACAACCACGCCAUUGGUGCUGUCGCUGUUGCCUUGAAACAGGCCAAGAGUGCUGAAUUCAAGGAGUACCAGGAGCAGGUUCUGCGCAACGCCAAGGCCAUGGCAGCCGCCUUGCUGGCCAAGGGCCACACCCUUGUGUCUGGAGGCACCGAAAACCACCUGCUGCUCUGGGAUCUGCGUCCUAUCGGCCUUGACGGUGCACGAGCUGAAGCUGUGUGCAACAGGGUCAGCCUGACUGUCAACAAGAACACCUGCCCAGGAGACAAGAGUGCUCUCACUCCUGGUGGACUGAGACUUGGUGCUCCUGCCCUGACAUCGAGAAACUUCAAGGAGGCCGACUUCGAAACCGUUGUUGCUUUGCUUGACCGCGCCGUGAAAAUCGCAUCUGAGGUCAAGGCUAAAUGCGGCCCGAAAGUAAAGGAUUUCAAGGAUUUCCUUGACAGCGAUGCCGACACAAUCAAGCAGUUGGAGACCCUGAAGGCUGAGGUGAACGAGUUCGCCACCAAGUUCCCCAUGCCGGGAUUUGAAGACCAUUGAAUUCGGGAUUUAUCUAUUUUGGUGGUGGAUAGCACAAAUCUAUUUUCAUACUCCUAAAUAAUGUGCAACAAUGACUGUAGCUCAAAAUCAAAUUGUUACCACAUUCCUGCGCUUUUGCAAUAUUGUGCCAUUCAAAUACAAUAAGGAUUUAACUCUGGGA